GUGUGUAUGAAUCAGAGCUGCCAUGUUGAGAGUCAUGAGACAAAACUCCCCAGCUUCCUCUUUUAACACCGUACAGCUACGUAUAGAUACUUUCACUAUUGCUAAAUGACCAGGAAGACAUAUGACAACAAGUACAUUCUUGUUUCCACAUCAGUAGGAACUAGUUAACUUUGUGCCACGGAGGAAAAAUGUUUUUGUUUCGACCUUUUCGUUUGAUUUUCUUCCAGGUAUUCUUCUUCUUAAGUUCAUUGUGUGAGGGUGAAAUCUCCUGCUUAAAUGAAGAUGGGCAACCUGUUGACUGGUUCAUCAUGUACAAAUUACCAAAAUAUAAACAAGGUAAUGUGGGAAGUGGAGUUGACUAUAUGUAUUUGGAUCCCUCAUUACCCAACUGGCAGAUGAGUAAAUAUUUGGUGAAUACCAGUGAAGGGGCAUUAGGCAAGACACUGAGCCAGCUGUACCAAAGAUACAUGUCAAACAGCUCGGCAUACAUGCUCUACAGUGAUGCUCCUCCGGUGCUGAAGUAUGAGUAUAAUUAUGGACACACAAAAGGGGCACUACUUUUUGACCAGUUUCAAGGAUUCUGGUUAACACACAGCAUUCCUCACUUUCCACCUUUCCCCGAAAUGGGUUUUGGCUAUCCCUCCACUGGAAAACUCUACGGCCAGAAUAUUCAGUGUACAACCUACAAUUACAAACAGUUCCAAAAAAUAUCACAGCAACUAGCAUAUAUUAACCCAUACACAUACAACUGCUCAAUGCCAUCAGCCUAUUACACAGAGAUGGCAGAAAUGGCACAGAUCUGUGCUGGAAAAAGUGUAACUGUGGUCCCCAGGAGAAGGCUUGAAAAGCUGAUGUCAGUCAAGGGAGAGACGUUCCUUAGUUUUGCCAAAUCACACAGCUAUGUUGAUGACAUUUAUGCUGGCUGGAUAGCACAGACACUGAACACAGACUUUCUAGUGGAAACCUGGCAACGGGAAGCCCACCAGCUUCCCUCCAACUGCUCGCUUCCUUACCAUGUGAUGAAUAUCAAGAGGGUCUCUCUGUCCGAGCUGGUGACUUUCAGCUCCUAUGAUGACCACUCCAAGUGGUGUGUCUCUUGGGAACACCAAACCCAGUGGACUUGUCUAGGGGACCUGAACAGAGAGAGCAGACAGGCAUGGAGAGGAGGUGGCCUCAUCUGUACACCAAAUUCAGCCAUGUACAAAGCUUUCCGUUCGGCUGUGGCCUGGUAUAAAAAUUGUUAGAAGCAAGAAGUCUACUGUUAUCUACAGGAAUGUGCACUAGCUUUUAAAUAGUAUUUUUUUAAUUUUUUUUUUUAGUUUUCGUUGUUGUUGUUAGAAUUUUAAUGUAGAAAAUACAGUCAUUAGAAAGAAGCUGAAUUGCAGGCAUUGUGCAAUGUGCUGUAGAUGUCGGAGCCACCCAUGUGCAGUACACAGUAUAAACAAUUAUUAAUAAUCAAGUGACCAGUUGAGAGCCUUCCGUGCACCUACAGUGCCACGAUCAUGGACAGAGCUGUUUGUAGUGCUUAUUAUUAAUUGUGCAAAACCCGCAUACCAGCUUCAAAAAUAGACCACACUCAUCAAACUGGUACACCAACUUUUCCAGCUGGUAUGUUAUUUUCCAGCUUCCUAAUUACUUGUCUAAUUUGAUGUCAAAUAAAUGUUUGAGUUUCUCUAACUGCCUCACUCUUGAAAUUUAUUAGUUUUUUUUUUUUUUUUAAAGAUAUAUUAAAGUAUUUUGAGCACAACAAGCCUCAUUUUUAAAACAGAAAGGUCAGAAACAUUUAAGGAUUUAUUCUUGAGGAGAAUUUGUCAAGUGGAAGUGAUUUUUGUGAAUUUUUAACACGGUGAAUUCAUUGGAAUUGAUUUCUAAUAAAUUCGUUAGUGUGUUCCAUAGGGUUAAUGUCUUCAUUUUUUAUUCCAAAACAAUAGAAAAUACUACA